ACAAACGUUCGUCCUCUGCUGUUGUCAUUCUUCCAGACAAAUAGACAACCAUAAACCGAGGAUUAAGGCUUUUAUAAGCCUUGGAAUUCUCCUCAAGUUCUGAUUCAAUAGCUGGGAUGCAUAAUUUCCCUCUAAAUUUUAGCUUGUUUAAUGGCAAGUAUUGGAAAUUUCACAGUAAAAAGGAAGAUAUAUUUAUUAGACAUAGAAGUGAAUUAAGCAACCGUUGAAGAUUAUUCACGCGGUCGUAAGAAUCUGCAAGGGAGGCUUAUUUUUAUCUAUUUUUUAUUUUUAUUUUUACAUUUGAAGGUAAUAGAGAGCCGUUUGUUCUCGAAAUUGAGAGAUUUUUAAAGGGGCUUCUGUAGGAGACAUCGAGGUUAGUGGUUAUUCGGUUAUAACCCAGUAUUGACUAGUUGUUUAUUAUUUAUACUUUUCUGUUUGUGCCGUUUAUUCUCCAAACUAACGUGCUAAACAUUGUUUUGGUUUGGUGUAACGGCAGAAUAACUGGCCGAUUGUUGUUUAUCAAAGAGACUGACAUCUAGUGCCGGUAAAGAGUCCUUGCAGUUCUGUCAAUAUAUAUAUAUAUAUAUAUAUAUAUAUAUAUAAUAAAGUUGAAUAAACCAUGAAGCUCCUGGAAAACUCAAGUUUUGAGGCCAUAAAUAGACUGCUCACAAUUGAAACGGGAGACUGUAAGAUAAUUGGACGUAUUGAGAGCUACUCCUGUAAGAUGGCAGGUGAUGACAAGCAAAUGUUUAAGCAGUUUUGUCAGGAAGGGCAGCCGCACGUGCUGGAGGCUCUGUCUCCUCCGCAGAGCUCAGGAAUCAGCCCCAACAAACUGAGUCAGAGUUUGGAUGAUGGGGAGGGUCCGCUCUCUGACAAGUGCAGCAGAAAGACGCUCUUUUACCUGAUCGCCACUCUCAAUGAAUCCUUCCGGCCGGACUACGACUUCAGUCGCACCAAAGGCCACGAUUUCAGCAAGGAGCCCAGUGUUAAUUGGGUGUUUAAUGCAGUGAACAGCAGUUUGUCUGCUGCUGCUGGUGAGGCCUACAGUCACCUACAGCCUCAGUUAUGGGAGGCCCUAGACAAGGAGAUCAGUCUUGCUGAAUGUGACAUAUACAGCUACAAUCCAGACCUGGAUUCAGACCCUUAUGGGGAAGAAGGCAACCUGUGGUCCUUCAACUACUUCUUUUAUAACAAAAGACUGAAGAGGAUUGUGUUCUUUACAUGCCGUUCUGUCAGUCUUUUCAUGGCUCCACGAGACUUUGGCAUCGGCACUGAAUUGGAUCUGGAGUUGGAUGAGGGCAGCUAUGAGGAAGAGGAAGAGGGCAACAUGGAUGAAGAGAGGUAUGGUGCACUGUGUGCCUGAUGAAGCCCUCGUCCCUGUCAUCUGAAGCCAGCAUCUCUUGCCUGAGUGUUAAUGCCUGUUAUCCUUUUCUGUUUCUUGUGUGUUCAUUUUAUAUACUGUUGGUCAUUUCUUAGAAAUGGAGAGGUGUUGUAAUCCAGAGAUGUUCAAGUGCUAUUCAUUGCACUUUAACAUUUUCCUUUACUUUUCUGCGUACUUUCCAUUGCAUUAUUUAAAUUUUCCUCUGUGAUAAUGUAUUGUGAUAUUUUUAUGGUCA